ACCCGUCGCUCCAUAGCCGAACUAUGGCCCGUACUAAGCAAACCGCUCGAAAGUCUACUGGAGGAAAAGCUCCUCGUAAGCAGCUGGCUACCAAGGCCGCCCGCAAAAGCGCUCCAGCCACCGGCGGGGUGAAGAAGCCUCAUCGCUACCGCCCCGGCACCGUCGCCUUAAGAGAGAUCCGCCGCUACCAGAAAUCGACCGAGCUGCUCAUCCGGAAGCUCCCCUUCCAGCGCCUGGUCAGAGAAAUCGCCCAAGAUUUCAAGACCGAUCUCCGUUUCCAGAGCUCCGCCGUUAUGGCCCUCCAGGAAGCCAGCGAGGCUUACCUCGUGGGCCUCUUCGAAGAUACCAACCUCUGCGCCAUCCACGCCAAGAGAGUGACGAUUAUGCCGAAAGACAUCCAGCUGGCGCGCCGCAUCCGCGGGGAGAGGGCUUAAGCGUCCUCUCGCCAGUUCGGCGAGCGCAAGAAAGCGAUCAAAAGGCUCUUUUAAGGGCCACCCACGUAACUCCAGAAAAGGGCUGCUGCUUCGCUUCUGCUCCUUUCGAAAAACAGCUACCCGGUUGGUUGACGUGCACGGGGAGCUAUGUUAGGAGGAGUGGUACUUGCUUGGCUGACGGCUGUUAAAUUCUCUUCCAGAAUUUGAAUUUGUACACGUGUACUCAAUAUAGUAAGGGAUCUUUACGCACAGCGAUCACUAAGCAGCCUAGUGCAUUGUCAGCACCCACAUUCCCAAGUAUUAAUUGGGUUAUGGAAAGGGACUUGGACAAGGGACCACUGUGGAUAUGUUUUUAAGGGGAGCUGCAUUUCCCUGACUAAGAGUCAACAAAACGUUCAAAUGGAUUAUUUGAAUAAGAUGCUGUUGCAAUGGUUCAAACAGUAUGUCUCAAAAUAUAAAAUAUUUACAGGAGUUGAAAUGCUACAGUAGCACUGGAGACACAUGGAGUUAUCUCAGAUAAUACCUUUAAAAUAAUUGGUAGUCCUUGCUUCAGAAGAGUCUAUUAAAAAAAAAAAAUCUGGUUUGAGGCUCAUGCUUAAUAUUUUCCAAUAGGGACUUGCCUGUGUGUGUUCUUUCUUAAACCACCUUAAUGCUAGAUGUAAAGGUUUUCUACUUGGGCAUUGUAAAGAUCCAAUUUUUCUGGCAGUGAAAUGUCUGCAUUCUAUCCAAUACCUGGGGCAUUAACUUGCCUGUAAAAAUAAAUUAUGUGAAUUUUGUAAAUUAAUGUUGAUCAUAGUAAUAUCCAAUUCUUUCUCUAAGGAGUACCGGUGUUAUUUUACAAGAAUACCCAGAGAUUCAUUCUAGGAAGAUAUGGGGUGGACUGCAUAUGUUUCUGUAACUUGUAAAGAGAAAAGCCUGCUGGAUGUCAGUAAGACAUACAUCUUGAUAAGCAUGUAUAUGACAGUGCUAUAGCUUUGCUCCUCUGGUACAGCUUUGUAAAGAUUUUAAUCUGAGUCCCCAUAUUUCAAUAGCAUUCCUAGAAACACCAAUUGCAGCUGCUUUGUUUGCAGGGAGCACGUACUGGCUUCUGCUAGAGCUGGGCAGUCUUAUUGAGACAGGUACUGUCUGAAUUUUGAAAGCAUGUACGCAGCCCAUUCAAAGGGCUACUGUGGGAGAUUUACCUCUUCCCAGAAUAGCUGUUAUGGUGGGCAAAGCCAGUUAAUUAAAAAAAAAUGUUCAUAGGAACUUUUCCAGGAUGAUCUCUACCAUAUCAGUAAUGCCUUUGUGGGACCCAAAAGUUUUGGGGUGUGUAUGUAUAUAAUAAUGCUUUUCUUUGCAGAAUGUCUGUUUCCUUUUUUUAUUAA